GGAAACUAGAGCAUAAAAUAAAAUAAAAUUAAUUUUCAAAGCACAGAUAACAUUUUAAGAGUUAGAAGGUUGAAAUGCAAUGGAAAUAUUUAAAAAAUACUAGUGAUUUUUUGAAGUGGGGGAGACCUAAACACUUAAGGCUCCCCCAUCCUUUUUAAACGUUUUUAAAUUUUUAAUUUUUUUUUGGCCAGUCUCAAAUUCAUCUGAUCUCCUAUUACCUCAAUUUUGGAAACUACCCACCACCAACCCUCCGAGACCACAUAGACAGACUGAGGACAACUUUAUGACCAAGAGCUGAACGCAAUGCAUUGUGAGGUUCCUAUGUGUCUUGAGAAUAAUUGGAACCACACUUUUUGGAGUUUCUCUCCUCAUUGGAAUCACAGCUGCUUAUAUUGUUGGCUACCAAUUUAUCCGAACAGAUAAUUACUGUUUCUCUUUUGGACUGUAUGGUGCCAUUUUAGCAUCACACCUCCUCAUCCAAAGCCUGUUUGCCUUUUUGGAGCACCAAAAAAUGAAAAAUCUCUAGAGAUCCCCAUUAAGUUGAACAAAACUGUUGCUCUUUGCAUUGCUGCGUAUCAAGAAGAUCCAGACUACUUACGAAAAUGUUUGCAAUCUGUGAAAAGGCUAACCUACCCUGGAAUUAAAGUUGUCAUGGUCAUAGAUGGAAACUCAGAAGAUGACCUUUACAUGAUGGACAUCUUCAGGGAAGUCAUGGGCAGGGACAAAUCAGCCACUUAUACCUGGAAGAACAACUUCCACGUGAAGGGUCCUGGUGAGACAGAGGAGUCACAUAAAGAAAGCUCACAACAUGUCAUCCAGUUGGUCUUGUCCAACAAGAGUAUCUGCAUCAUGCAAAAAUGGGGUGGAAAAAGAGAAGUCAUGUACACGGCUUUCAAAGCACUGGGACGGAGUGUGGAUUACGUACAGGGUGAUUCAGAUACCAUGCUAGACCCUGCCUCAUCUGUGGAGAUGGUAAAAGUUUUAGAAGAAGAUCCCAUGGUUGGAGGUGUCGGGGGAGAUGUCCAGAUUUUAAACAAGUAUGAUUCCUGGAUCUCCCUCCUCAGCAGUGUGAGAUACUGGAUGGCUUUUAACAUAGAAAGGGCCUGUCAGUCUUAUUUUGGAUGUGUUCAGUGCAUUAGUGGACCUCUGGGAAUGUACAGAAACUCCUUACUGCAUCAAUUUGUGGAAGACUGGUACAAUCAAGAAUUUAUGGGCAGCCAUUGUAGUUUUGGAGAUGACAGGCAUCUAACCAACCGAGUGCUGAGUCUGGGCUAUGCAACAAAAUACACAGCUCGAUCCAAGUGCCUUACUGAAACACCUAAUGGAUAUCUCAGAUGGUUAAAUCAGCAAACCCGCUGGAGCAAGUCCUACUUCCAAGAGUGGCUGUACAAUGCGAUGUGGUUUCAUAAACAUCACUUGUGGAUGACCUAUGAGGCAGUCAUCACCGGGUUCUUCCCUUUCUUUCUCAUUGCCACAGUAAUACAGCUCUUCUACAGAGGUAAAAUUUGGAACAUCCUCCUCUUCUUGUUAACUGUCCAGGUAGUGGGUCUGCUAAAAUCAUCUUUUGCCAGCUGCCUUCGAGGAAAUAUCGUCAUGGUCUUCAUGUCCCUCUACUCAGUGUUAUACGUGUCAAGUUUACUUCCCGCCAAGAUGUUUGCAAUUGCAACAAUAAACAAAGCUGGGUGGGGCACAUCUGGAAGGAAAAUCAUUGUUGUUAAUUUCAUAGGCCUCAUUCCAGUGUCAGUUUGGUUUAUAAUCCUCCUGGGUGGUAUGAUUUUCACUGUUUGUAAGGAAUCUAAAAAGACAUUCUCAAAAUCCAAACAGACAGUUUUAAUUGUUGGAACAUUGCUCUAUGCAUGCUAUUGGGUCAUUUUUUUGACACUGUAUGUGGUUCUCAUCAAAAAAUGUGGCAGGCGGAAGAAGGGACAACAGUAUGACAUGGUGCUUGAUGUAUGAUCUUAUGUGGGGUGUUUGCAGUUACAGAUGCAGACACACACAAAACCUCUGUUCCUCUAGGGACUGUCCGGGGUAUUGUGGCAUCAGAUAAUGUCACCAAAGGAGAGAUAUCACUGCCGCUGGGACUUGAACAAAGACAUUUGUAUGGGUUUAUUUUAAUUCUGCCAAAGUAAAAUGAUACAUAAAGAAGAACUUAGAUUUAACCUGAUAUUUCUAUGAAAAUGGGAAGAAUUCUCUUCUAUGUACUUUUUCCUUACUUUACAUCUGCCUAACAGUGUUUUGCCCUAUCUACCUCACUAGUGCUGCUUUAUGUGGGUUAUCAUGGAAGAAAAGGAUUUUGAAAACUCAAGGAAAAGUUCUUUCAACAUAUACAACCUAAAUUAUGGACUGUGUUGAUAGCUAAUUUUUUUUUUUGAGAAAGGUUUUUUCUGUUUAACUCUACCAAAUGAAAUGCCAAAGGAACUUUUACAGGCCGUUAGCAGUGCCAUAUUUUUAUAAAAUUGUAUAUAAUUGUCUUAAAAUUUUGUAUGCCAAUUUGAAAACAAAUUAUGCACAUUUUAUAUUUUCUGUCUCUGCCAGAACACGCCUGUUCUUCCUCUUUAAAAAAAAAUAAAAUAGGUUAUGAAAAAACUUAAACCUAAAAAAUUUCUACCCAAAAUGUGAAGUUCGGUUGACUGAUGUUGUUCAUGAUAGAAAGAAUGAAGUGUUUCUCUCUCUUACCACCUUUAAAAUUGAAUAGUUUAUUUCUGUGAAAAAGUAUUUAAACUUUCAAUAUUUUAACUUUUUUUCAUUUCCUUUAGAAAAGGCCAAUAUCCCUGUCACACUUCAGGAGCAGAAAUUCAUACUUACGUGUACAAAAAAGAAGUCAUUGAAAAUCAAGGCCAAAGGGGUAGAAAAGUGCAAUUUUUUUCAUAAGAUUGGAAAAAAAAGGGAAUGCUAGUUCUCAAAAGAAAACACUAGGUAUCCAGCAGUGGACAUAAUCUGGGUAUCAAAGAUUCUCUUUGGAGAUUCUCACAGUGUUUUCCCAGCCUAAGUAAAAAGGAAAGUGGGAAAAAUUAUCUGUAUAAUUUGGACAAAUGCAUGCAGUUCAUCACUUUGUUCUGUGACCUGUAGUCAAUGGAUCCUGUCUAUGUUGGACAUACUUUACCUACCUUCUUUUUUUCCAGCUUGUCAGUCCACUUUACAUGUUAGUAUGAGGUUUAUACAGGUGAGUGGGAUAAAUUAU